AUGAAGAUGCUGGAAACUGAAAAAUUUGCUGAAUUUUACGCUAGAUUGAGUGUGGUGGUGAAUGCUUGCAGCAACCUUGGUGAUGCAAUUCCUGAACACAGAAUAGUGAAAAAGAUUUUGAGAUCUCUGCCUAUGAUGUAUCACGCCAAGAAGACAGCGAUUGAAGAGUGUAAGAAUUUGAACACUUAUAAACUUACUGAGUUAAUUGGUUCUCUUACCACUUAUGAGAUGGAAUUUCCAGAAAUAAAGAAAAGCAAGGGCAUUGCUCUAAAUACAGUGAAAGAAGAUGGGAGUGACAGUGUGUCAGAAGACAAAAUGGAUUAUGCUUUGCUUACAAAACAAUUUCGUAAGUUUUUGAAAUCUAAGAAUUCAAGGUCUGGUGAACAAAGAGGAAAUUCAGGUUCAAGUACAAGAGGGAGUCGCCCUCGUGAGUUUACUUCUGACAAGUUAUCACAUACAACCAGAACUAUGGAGAAAAAGGGCUCUAAAGAUUCACUGAAGUGCUUAAAUGUGGUGGAUAUGGACACUUUGCCUCUGAAUGCGCAAAUAAUUUGA